AAUUACUUAUCCACGUAACCCAGAAGUGGGUUUUAUCCCAAUGGCCCAAAUUCAUAUGGAAUCUGAUACUUAUAAUUGGGCUUUCUUUGAAUUGAUGGUACUCUGUCUUUAAUGCCCGAUUUCACUGUCUCAAAAUUCCUCCCAAUUUUGUUUUGAAGGCGCCAAUAUCUGGAAUAAACAGCUAAAAACGAAUUUUGAUUGAUUAGAUCGGAAUUUUGAUACCAUUUAAUCAAUUCAGGAACAUGUUUCACUGAAUCGCCAUCAUAUAAACUUUGAUUGGGGUUUUAGACUAACCAUUUCCCCCUUCCUCUUGUUUGUGAUCAUAGGCAUCACAUUUGGUCUCUGCAUAUUUCCUUUGAGCGGUGAUCUUAUUUUUGAUAUCAUUUCAUCAGUUCAGUAAUUUGCUUCACUGAAUCACCAUUAUAUAAACGGUGUUUAGGGUUUACUUAACCAUUUACCCUUCCCCUUUUUGUGAUCAAAUUUGUCCUCUGCAUAAUGUCCUUGAAUGGUGAUCUUAUCAGAGAAAUCUUGGACCGUGUGGAUGGCAUAACACUUGCAAAUGCAGGAUGUGUGUCUUCAGACUUCUGGUCCAUUGCAAGACAAGAGGGUUUAUGGGAAGAAGCAUGCUGUUCUGUGUGGCCUUCUACAAGGGACACACAGAUUAAAGAUUUGAUUUCUUCUUCACUGGGUGGAUUCAAAACAUUUUAUGCAGAUUGCUUUCCAGUAAUUGAGUAUGGUGAUGAUUCCAGACCCAAAAUUGAGCCCAACAGCUUGCAAGUCCAUGAUCCUAUUCACUCUGAUUUUGUGUGGGUUGUGGAUGUGAUAUACAAGAAUAAGCCCAUCUAUUCCAAUGUUGUUUGGGGAAUCCCUGCAGCAGAUGAGUUUCCAGACCUGUUCUGUAAUAGCCAAUUUAGGCUAGAUCUCAUAAACUUCAAUGAUAUUGAUUUCUAUGCAGAUAUAGAUCAGAACAAUGAACAUGAGUUGCCAACAAUCACCAUGUCAGUUGACAAGCAGGAGAAGGAUGGUAAAUUUUUGGAACAGUUGAUGGAGAAUUUAAUGUUAAGUUGGAUUCUGAUAAACAAGAAAACAGGGCAAGCUGCUAAUCUUUCAAGCUGGAGGCCCUUGGUUGGGGAGAUUGAGUGGCCUUCUGAUGAGGAGUUUGUAAUAGGAUUUGGCUCUGUAUUGCCUGCUCACAACAUAUAUGAUUUCAAUGCUGUACAGUGUAAGCUUAUGAUGAAGUGUAGAGUUUCAGAUGAUGAUCAUAUGAGUUUGAAGAUAACUGAACUGAGCAUGGAGUUAGAAGGCAUGAUGGGAGCUAGUGUUAAUGGGAGUAAGAGUCUUCUCAUCCUAGAAAGAGCUCUGAGUUGCAGGAAAAGUAAGGACCAUAAACAAAUAUUGGAAUCUCAUCAGAGGUAUUUCAAAGAAAAGGGUAACUUGAUAGAAACAAACUUGAAGAGUGGUCAAAGUUCUCUGGGCACUCUUCUGGAUUGUCUGUGUAUUUUGAGUGGCUUUUUUGCCUGUGUUUCAUUUGGGUAUUUCAUUUUCAAAGAGAGUGGUCUUGUCUUCUGAUCUCCCAGGAACCAAUGUUUUGAUUGAUAUAAAAUUGUUGUGCAAUAUCUGUAACAAAUUUCUGUCAGUAUUUAUAUAUAUUUAAAUUGAUUAUAGAA